AUGUACAUGCUGGGUGAUGCCGAGGUUCAGUCUUGGCCCUUUGCUGUUUGGUCGGGUGCUGUAUCUUCGCAUGCUCAUGAAUCUACGGUUAUUGUUUUCGGCAGGUGGUCCGCAUUAGAUAUUUCUCGUGUUCAACAGCAUUACUCCAGCAAACGCCGAUGGGAUCGGCUAGCCGCAUGCCACGAGUGGAUUUACCAUGACCUGAAUACCAUUCUUUCGGACUGGGUAGGUAUCUGGAAUGCGGCCGCUUGGGAAUUGAGGGACAGAAGCAUCGAAGUCAACCAGGAGAACUUCACAGGCAACGUUCUUCAACGCAUGCGGCGGUUGAACAGAGCAAUGGCAACAAACAUCCUGUUACACGAGUCUCUGUUGAUACAACAAAACUCACUCAAAGAAAUCAUAGUUCUCGCACCACAGAGGUAUUUCGAAUUUCGGAGCCUCGAGCAAGAUGCUGCUGAGGUCGGAUUUAUCUCGCGAUGCAGCCAAAUGGACAAAGCAUUAAGUCACGAUCUUCUGGUCGUGCAAGUUUCUAUCGAGCAGAUUUCGACUGGACAGUCAGUCGCUCGACUGACCUCCUUGGGCUUCUUCUUCUUACCGGUAUCGUUGGUAGCUGCCAUUUUCGGCAUCACUACUUUCACUAUCAGUCCUAAGUGGUAUCCCGUAGGAGCAAUUUCUGCGCUAUUGUUUACUAUCAUUGUUGCCUUCCCUAUGCCACACAUAAUAUCGGCGUGGCACAAUGGACCCAAAAGUUUGAGAGGCUAUGUAUCUAAGCUUGAAAGUACCCUAGAUGUGGAAGACCAGGAAAGGGGUCGGCCGAUGAGCACAGCGGUGUCAUCCAGAAGAUCUGAAAUGAUGUACAAAAGCCGUCAAGGAUCAGAACCAGGGAGUUGCCGUGCACGUGCCGGUGGCAAAACACCAGAGAUAUCCGCACCUAUGAUAGCCGAGAAUCCCUUGGGCUGGAAUUAA